UCCCGCCAUCUUAUUCCUCCUGCUCAAGGAGGGGGCUAGUAUCCUCUAGUUACCGCUAGUAAAUUACUACUGUUUACUGCUAACCUAAUUACCCCUCCUCACGCGGAGGCAAAGCACCCUCUGCUUCGCCACCUUCGCUGCUCCUGCCUCGCUCCCUCCUCUUCUCUUCAUCUCAAACUUCGUCACACAAGAUGACGGUGACUCCGGUCAUCACGGUGAGCGACGGGAGGCUGGCGGUGCGCGGCCGCACGGUGCUCACCGGCGUGCCGGACAACGUGUCGGCGGCGCACGCGGCCGGGGCCGGGCUCGUCGACGGGGCCUUCGUCGGCGCCCACGCCGGCGAGGCCAAGAGCCACCACGUCUUCACCUUCGGCACGCUCCGGGACUGCCGGUUCCUGUGCCUGUUCCGGUUCAAGCUGUGGUGGAUGACGCAGCGGAUGGGCGACUGCGGCGGCGACGUCCCGCUCGAGACACAGUUCAUGCUCGUCGAGGUGCCCGCCUCCGCCGGCGACGGAGACGACGCCGACGCCGGCCCGAUGUACCUGGUGAUGCUGCCGCUGCUGGAGGGGCCGUUCCGGGCGGCGCUUCAGGGGAACGACCGCGACGAGCUGCAGAUCUGCAUCGAGAGCGGCGACAAGGCGGUGCAGACCGACCAGGGCGCGCACAUGGUGUACCUCCACGCCGGCGACAGCCCCUUCGACGCCAUCGCCGCCGCCGUCCGGGCGGUGGAGAAGCACCUGCAGACGUUCCACCACCGGGAGAGGAAGAAGCUGCCGUCGUUCCUCGACUGGUUCGGCUGGUGCACCUGGGACGCCUUCUACACCGACGUCACCGCCGACGGCGUCAAGCGCGGCCUCCAGAGCCUGGCCGAGGGCGGCGCGCCGCCGCGGUUCCUCAUCAUCGACGACGGCUGGCAGCAGAUCGCCGCCGACGAAAAGCCCGACCCCAACGUCGCCGUCCAGGAGGGCGCGCAGUUCGCGAGCAGGCUGACGGGGAUCAAGGAGAACACCAAGUUCCAGGCCAAGCCCACCACUGACCACGGCGGCGACGGCGAGGCGGCGGCGGGCGGGCUGAAGCAGCUGGUCCGGGAGACCAAGGAGGCCCACGGCGUGAAGCAGGUGUACGUGUGGCACGCCAUGGCUGGGUACUGGGGCGGCGUGGGGAUCGACCGCUACGAGCCGUCGCCGGCGUACCCGGUGCAGUCGCCGGGGGUCACCGGCAACCAGCCGGACAUCGUGAUGGACUCGCUGUCCGUCCUCGGGCUCGGGCUCGUGCCCCCGCGCCGCGCCCGCGACUUCUACGGCGAGCUCCACGCGUACCUCGCCUCCUGCGGCGUCGACGGCGUCAAGGUGGACGUGCAGAACAUCAUCGAGACGGUCGGCGCCGGCCACGGCGGCCGCGUCGCGAUCACCCGCGCCUACCACCGCGCGCUCGAGGCCUCCGUGGCGCGGAGCUUCCCCGACAACGGCUGCAUCUCCUGCAUGUGCCACAACACCGACAUGCUCUACAGCGCGCGGCAGACCGCCGUUGUGCGCGCCUCCGACGACUUCUACCCGCGCGACCCGGCAUCGCACACCGUCCACGUCGCCGCCGUCGCCUACAACUCCGUCUUCCUCGGCGAGUUCAUGCAGCCCGACUGGGACAUGUUCCAGAGCGCGCACCCGGCGGCGGAGUACCACGGCGCGGCGAGGGCGGUCGGCGGCGGGCCGGUCUACGUCAGCGACAAGCCGGGGCGCCAUGAUUUCCGGGUGCUGAGGAAGCUCGUCCUCCCCGACGGCUCCGUGCUCCGCGCGCGGCUGCCGGGGCGCCCCACGCGCGACUGCCUCUUCUCCGACCCGGCGCGCGACGGCGCGACGCUGCUCAAGGUGUGGAACGUGAACGCGUGCGGCGGCGUGGUGGGGGCGUUCAACUGCCAGGGCGCCGGGUGGUGCCGCGUCUCCAAGCGGACGCGCGUGCACGACGCGGCGCCGGGGACGCUGACCGGCGCCGUGCGCGCGGCCGACGUCGACGCCAUCGCGCGCGUCGCCGGCGGCGGCGAGGGUGAGGGGGAGUGGGAGUGGGACGGCGAGGCGGUGGUGUACGCGCACCGGGCGGGGGAGCUCGUCCGGCUGCCCCGCGGCGCGGCGCUGCCGGUGACGCUGGGCCCGCUGGAGUACGAGGUGUUCCACGUCUGCCCGCUCCGCCGGGCCGCCGCCGCGGCGGGCGCCGCGUUCGCGCCCGUCGGGCUGCUCGACAUGUUCAACGCCGGCGGCGCCGUCGAGGACUGCGCGGUGGGAGCGGCCGGCGGCGGCGCGGCGGCCGUGGCGAGGAUGAGGGUGCGCGGGUGCGGCCGGUUCGGCGCCUACUGCUCGCGGCGGCCGGCGAGGUGCGCGCUGGACGCGGCGGAGGUGGAGUUCGGCUACGACGCCGACACGGGGCUCAUCACCGUCGACCUGCCCGUGCCGGAGAAGGAGCUGUACCGGUGGACGCUGGAGAUCACGGUCGUGUAGACCAAGACGGUGGCGCCGGAUGCUCGUCGGGUCUUUGCGGCUGGGCCAUUCUCAGCCGUCGCCAUUGGUGAUGCAUGUCCACGGGAGAUUGGGGGAGGGAUUAGGGUGGUUGUGAUGUGCCUUGUUGUAUGAUCAUCAGUGUGGGGGAGACGGGAGAGUUGUAUGCUUUGCUAUGCCACUGUGGUGUUAUGUUGUACGGUGUACCCUGUGAUAUGAACGUUGUAUUAAAUAUAUACUGGGUAUAAUAAAGGAUGGUGCUCCUUCAAUAUGA